GGCGCACAUAAAGAAGUCCCUGUAUCACUGAUGUGUAUGUAUUGUAUGUAUGUGCGUCCUUCCAUACAGACAAUGAGGUCCAUGUCACCCUGAUUCAUGGAUUGAUCAGCAUAACAAGGAUGGCUGCUGUUGUCCUCUCCUUGCUUCUUCUGGCAUGCGGCACUCAAGCUGUGUUGAAGCUGUCACCCGACAGCUUGACAGUCCUCAGGGGCGACCAGGCCCGCUUUACUUGCGGGACCACCAAACCCACAGAGUGGGAUGUGAUGCUGUGGGAGCUGAAUAACACGGUGGUGGUCUCCAUCUCCAGGCAGCAUGGCGUGCUGUCGUCCUCCAUCACCAAUGUGACGGCGGAGGAAAGCCACGCCCCGAGUAGGAAUGGGUGGACGCUUGUUUUCGGGAGCGUUGGGAGGCACCACCAGGGGCAAGUCACCUGUCACCUGCAGGGAAUCGACAGGAAAACAGCGAGCCUCUUCGUUCAAGAAAAAGGCAGUGUGAAAGUCUUCGGAGGAAACACGACAGCUUUAAAGGGGCAGUCAGUCCUGUUGGAGUGCCAGGCAGCAGGAUGGCACCCUCAACCUUCUUUACAGUGGGAAGUAGAUGGAAAAAAGCUGAGCCAGCACGAGUACAACCUGAGUAGCAAAGAAACGGGUAAGAGCCUCUUCACUGUGAGCAGCAACGUCAGCCUGAUGGCGACAAGGAGCUCUGGGGUGGACUGUCUGGCCUCGGUAUCUGCCCUCGCCAGGCCGCUCAGGAGCAGCGUCCGCCUGACAGUGUUUGCAGAGGUGCUGCAGGACGAAGACGACCGCACACUCCCGUUGGCGUUAACCUCCUCCCUCGCCGCUCUCCUCCUGCUCCUCCUGCUCGGCAUCUGCACUGUCCUCUGCUACAGACAAAGGAGGCAAGCAAAGGGAAGCAAACAGGAAGCACUGGGGUUGGAGGAACCGUACAACGGCCUCAGACUACGUGCAAACGCCACAGGGGGGAAGGUCAACUUGGGGUACGCCAGUGAAGGCAUCACAAAUGCAGUUAACAAUGAACUAAUCAUGGGAAUUCAUAGCAAGGAGGAGUUGGUCAGCACUGACAAGGUCCCUGACCUUGUGGCCGCCAGUAACCAAGUGGACCUUACCGAGGAAAACGCUAAGAACAUCAGGAGAGUUACCACAGUUUGAUAAAAUACGAGAUGAAUCAAGAUACUUGUACACACACAAAAAGGCUUAAUUUUAUUUCCUAGAGCUAUUAGUGCCUUGGUACCUCGGUUUUUAUUCUUAACACGUUCCAAAUAGUAUGAAAAAUGAAACAAUUUUUCACAUGAAAUAAUGUCAAUCUAAAUAAUUCCUUACACACCCAAAAACACAUUUUGUAAACCAUAAUUAUAUUUUUACAAACAGAAAACAAUGACAAAUAAAAUAGAUAAAUGGUCAUUUAACAUCACCUUUACCUUAAUUGAAGAGUCUUGAUAGCGAUUAACUAUUAAUUCAAUAGUGUUUCUCAACUUCUUUAUCAAAGUGCUGUAAUAUCCAGGGACGCACAGAAAGUGGCUGCAUGCUCACACAAUAUUGUUCUACCCAAUUCUAAAGACGGCUUGACGGCACAACACGUCACACUGCCGUGACCAGACUGUCGUAGCAGUACGGUGCGUUCAGUGACACACUGGAAACAUGAACGCUAAGGCGCUGGUUGACUUUGAUUGUUUUAUUACCGUACGCGACAACUUUAUUUGGCUCUACGAUAGAGACUGAGUCACAAACGUGUGUUUAAUUGUACUUAAAGUAAGACGGUGUAUGAAAACCGAGGUAGAGCUGUACUUAAGUUUAGCAAAUUACUCAGAAUAAAAAAGGGACUCUACAAACUGCUUUAAACGAGCAUCAAAUCAUUGUUCUUGUUUUAGGAAGUAUAUUUCAAAUUUGAGUACAAGUUACUUAAGAUAAGCCAACUUUUUAGCUUGAUUUUAGAUAUUUGAUCUUGCUUACACGUCAUUAGUGUAGCGUCAUUGUGUUUGCAUCUGUUUGUACAGUAACAUAUUGUCAACAGUUUUUGUGUUUUUUUAAAAUAAAAACACAAACUUUUACAAAA